AUGUUCCUGUUUUUACUUCAAUCGUCAUACUGAUAUCUUCAGAGCUACAUAUUGACACUUUAAUUUCAUUGAUGUCAGCUGACUUUAAUCACAUAUUGUGUCACCUACAAGAUAUAAUAACACCAUAUGUUUUGUUUGGUCAAUCAGUGUAAAUGAAUCAGAUUUCUCUGUUUCUUCUCCUGAAGCUCUGCCACCAUCAGUGAAAGACAAAGACAGAGUUUAUUGAAGGACAGUGAGAAGAUGAGUGAUCCAGAACCCUGCAGAAUUAAACAGGAAGAGACUGAAGAGCUAAUAGAUGUGAUGGUGGAGGAGGAGAGUGAAACAUUGAAUGGAAAUGAGGAGAAACAUGUCAAAAGUGAAAAUGAAACUCGCACAAACACUGAACACAGGUGCACCUGCACUCAGUGUGGAAAGAGUUUUGGGCGCAAAUACGGUCUCAUCGUUCACAUGAAGACCCACACUGAAAUAAAACCUUACAAGUGUUCGCGCUGCGACAAGAGAUUCAGUAAGACGAAACAUCUGAGAGCACACAAGAAGAUUCACACUGGAGAGAAACCGUAUCACUGCAUUGAUUGUGGGAAGAGUUACAGGGAUAUAUUUACUCUGCAGAGACACACAAAACAAUUUCACGAGAUGACUGAAGCCGUGAAGGUCCACCUCAAUGUUCAAACAAAGAUGAAGGGUUUUUUAUGCUCUCUGUGUGGGAAGAGUUACAGUUGUCAAAACAGUUUAAAAAUCCAUCAGAUGAUCCACACUGGAGAGAAACCGUACAAGUGUUCACACUGCGGCAAAGCAUUCAGUCAGCUACACACCCUGAAAGCACAUGAGAGUAUUCACACUGGAGAGAAACCGUACACAUGUACUCAGUGCGGGAAGAGUUUCAGACAACCAUCAAACCUUUAUCAACACAAGAUGAUCCACACUGGAGAGAAACCGUACACAUGUACUCAGUGCGGGAAGAGUUUCAGACAAUCAUCAAACCUUCAUCAACACAUGAUCGUCCACACUGCUGAUAAAACGCAUGAAUGUGAUCAGUGCGGAAAAGCAUUUUCAACACUUUCAGUGCUGAGGAUCCAUCUUAGAGUUCAUACAAAGGAGAAACCAUAUUCAUGUUCUGAGUGUGGAAAGAGUUUUACAGUGCAGUCGCAGUUCAAAGCACAUCAGAAGAUGCACACUGGUGUGAGAGAGUUUGUGUGCUCCGAGUGUGGGAAGAGUUUUAUUACAGCAGGAGGAUUGAAACAGCAUCAGAUGAUCCACACCGGAGAGAAACCUUUCAAGUGUUCACACUGCGACAAGAGUUUUGGGCGCUUGCAAAAACUGAAAAUACACCAGAGGAUUCACACUGGAGAUAAACCGUAUACAUGUAGUCAGUGUGGGAAGAGUUUCAGUCACUCACCGAGCCUUCAUCAUCACCUGCUGAUCCACACUGGAGAGAAACCUCACAAAUGUGAUCAAUGCGGCAAAACAUUUUCGAGGCUUCCAGGACUGAAGGACCAUCUUCGACUUCAUACAAACGAGAAGCCUUAUUCAUGUUCUGAGUGUGGAGAGAGUUUUACAUCGCGGUUAUAUUUAAGAAGACAUCAGAGGAUCCACAGUGGUGUGAAUUUCUCUGCUUAUUCUCCUGCCGUCAUCAGUGAAAGACAAAGACAGAGUUUAUUGAAGGACAGUGAGAAGAUGAGUGAUCCAGAACCCUGCAGAAUUAAACAGGAAGAGACUGAAGCGCAAAUAGAUGUGAUGCUGGAGGAGGAGAGUGAAGCACUGAGUGAAGAUGAGGAGAGAUACGUCAAAAAUGUGAAGGAGGAGAGUGAAGCACUGAGUGACCAUGAGGAGAAACAUCAUGUCAAAAGUGAAACUGAAACUCAGUUAGCCACAGAGCAAAGUUUUUUAAUGAACAGCACAGCUGUAAACAGUUUCAUCUGCACUCAGUGUGGAAAGAGUUUCAGCCGCAAGUGCAGUUUCAGCCUUCACAUGAAGACCCACACUGGAAAGAAACCUUACAAGUGUACUCACUGCGACAAGAGAUACCGAAAUUCAAGACAUCUGAGAUCCCACAUGAAGAGUCACCCUGGAGUGAAACCGUUUCACUGCAUUGAUUGUGGGAAGAGAUUUGCAGAUUCAUCUUCUCUACGAACACAUGCGCGAACAUUUCAUAAACUGAGUGAAAACAUGAAACUCUACCUUAAUGUCCACACGAAGAAGAGGCCUUUUGUAUGCUUAUCAUGUGGAAACAGUUACAACCGUCCAGACAGUUUAAAAAGACACGAGAUUGUCCACACUGGAGAGAAACCUUUUCAGUGUUCACAGUGCGGCAAAUCAUUCAGCCGGUUAGGAAACCUGAAACUACAUGAGAGGAUUCACACCGGAGAGAAACCGUACAAGUGUUCACACUGCAGUAAGAGCUUCAAUCAGUCGGCAAAUCUGAAAACACAUGAGAUGAUGCACACUGGAGAGAAACCGUUCGCAUGUACCGAGUGUGGGAAGAGAUUCAGACACUCAUCACACAUGGGUCGACACAUGAAGAUCCACACUGGAGAGAAACCACACGAAUGUGAUCAAUGCGGCAAAACGUUUUUGAGCAUUUCAGAGCUGAAGGAGCAUCGUAGGGUUCACACAAAGGAGAAGCCUUAUUCAUGCUCUGAGUGUGGAAACUGUUUUACUCGACUGACAAGUUUAAGAAAGCAUGAGAAGAUCCACACUGGUGUGAAAAACCAUGUGUGCGUUGUGUGUGGAAAGGCUUUUAUUUCAUCUGGAGACUUGACACGACACAAGAGAACUCACACUGAUGGGAAGCCAUUUAUAUGUGUCGAGUGUGGGAAGAGCUUCAGGAAAUUAUCAUAUCUCAAUAAACACAUGAAAUUCCACACUGGAGAGGAAACACAAAACUGAUCAAUGCAGCAAAACACUUUUGAGUGCUUCAGAGCUGAAGAAACAUCUUUGAGUUCAUACAAAGGGGAAGCUUAAAGGAAGAUUUUCGCUCGUGCUGAUCGUCAAUGUUUUUUGAGAUGUUUUUGUUGACAUGAGUGUACAUACAAAAUUACUCCCUGACCUUAGAUGAACAUAUGUGAACAGAAAAGUGAAAUUAUACCAUCAAAUCCUACUUGAUCUUUAAUUACUCUCCAUAAUUACCAGAAUGUCUCCCUCCUGCCAACAUUUUUGUAGUCACUGUUGAGUUUAUCAUACAACUCUGUGUGUUCAGAAUUCAAUGAAAGAAGCAGCCCCACAUUCGUUAGGGAUGGCGUGAAACUGACAUUUUGAGUUGUCAAGAUCCUGAAGCGCAAGUGUUUCGAAACACUGCACCAAAGCAUGAUCCGAAACACCCAGAUCACGUGACUAAAACGAUUCAAAGCAAUCCGAAACACCCAGAUCACGUGACUAAAACGAUUCAAAGCAAUCCGAAACACCCAGAUCACGUGACUAAAACGAUUCAAAGCAAUCCGAAACACCCAGAUCACGUGACUAAAACGAUUCAAAGCAAUCCGAAACACCCAGAUCACGUGACUAAAACGAUUCAAAGCAAUCCGAAACACCCAGAUCACGUGACUAAAACGAUUCAAAGCAAUCCGAAACACCCAGAUCACGUGACUAAAACGAUUCAAAGCAAUCCGAAACACCCAGAUCACGUGACUAAAACGAUUCAAAGCAAUCCGAAGCACCCAGAUCACGUGACUAAAACGAUUCAAAGCAAUCCGAAACACCCAGAUCACGUGACUAAAACGAUUCAAAGCAUCGGGCAUUUCAGAAACCUUUCGAGACCUGCCGAAUCUGCGUUUGAUUGACAAUGUCAAAAGAAAACUCUGUUUUAAGUAGCCUAGUGGACUGUGCGUGUACACGAAGUAACUGGGUUUGAAUCUCGACUUAUAUAAAUACUCAGAAAUUGUGAAUAAUGUUACUUUUUUAUGACCAAAACAACAUAUUUAUUCACAAAGCGUUAAUUCGGAUGUCAGACCAAUGCUAAAACAAAACAUGUUACAAGAACAGAGCUGAUGACCUUUAGCUGCAUCACCUUGGAUCUCUGCAUGCCAGUCAGAACCUCUCACCGCUUUACUAAAGCACUUGAAACCUCAAUUCUACAACGUGGAGCUAGGGUUAGGGCAAACUCUCUUUUUUACCUCAAUUUGUUUAACUGCUUGAUUGCUGAAGCUUCUACAGCAGGGGUCGCCAAUCUCUGUCCUCCAGGGCUGGUGUCCCUGCAGGGUUUAGCUCCAACUUGCCUCAACACACCUCCCUGGAUGUUUCAAGUAUACCUACUAAGACCUUGAUUAGCUGGUUCAGGUUUGUUUGAUUAGAGUUGGAGCUAAAACCUGCAGGACACCGGCCCUCCAGGAACAAGUUUGUUGACCCCUGUUCUAAAGCAUGGGUCUCAAACUCAAUUCCUGGAGAGCUGCAGCUCUGCACAGGUUCGCUCCAACCCCAAUCACAGCUGAUCCAAAUAAUCAAGUUGCUCAAAAGUCUUGAACAUCUUGAUUAGUUGAAUCAGCUGUGUUUGAUUAGGGUUGGAACAAAACUGUGCAGAGCUGAGGCUCUCCAGAAAUUGAGUUUGAGAUCUAUGUUCUAGAUCAGGGUUGUCCAAACUUGGUCCUGGAGGGCCAGGGACCUGCAAAGUUUAGUUCUACUAGCUAGACACACCUGGUCUAGCUAGUCAAGCUCUUACUAGGCUUUUUAGAAACAUCCUUGCAGGUGUGUUGAGGCAAGUUGGAGCUAAAAUCUGCAGGACACCGGCCCUCUAGCACCGAGUUUGGACACCCCUGUUCUAGAGCAAUAUAUAAAAGUGACUGUAGAGACGGUUUUCGAAACCUUUCGAAGCUUCAACACAAUAGUUUCUACUGCUUCAGUGUUUCAUGAAGCCUCGCUCAGCCCACUGCUAACAUUCGUCUUGCCUCAGUGCAUCUUCUUCUGUAAUGUGUGCUUGUCUAAACUAUUUUGUUCUUGAGCACCAUCAGGUGGUGUUUAUGAUACCUAUAGCAGCUCCAUGCACAUGAACAAAAGGACCAAUCUCAUUAGUGGACCAAUUUUAGACAAGGUGCGUCAAAAUAAAAUAAAAUUUAACUUUCACAUUGGUUUGUUUUGUCACGAAGCAAUAAAUGUUGGUGGAAAGCAUGAGCGAAAAUGUCUCGUUGUAUAUCAGUCUUUAUUAAUUGUUUACAAAGAAUUAAAUUUACCUUCCUGAAAAUUCUCAGUUGAUCGUUAAACAUGUGUAUGCUAAUGAAUUCCACGCCGGGUGCGCACUCAUUCACAAUUAGCAUAAUCCCCUCCUAUGAAUUUACUAAAUUGCCAUGUAGUUUUACUAAUACUCUGUGCAAAAUUACUUUCUGUUCCCCAUGUGAGAUUUAUCCUCUCAUUUAGGAUUGAUCUUUGAAUUAAACAGUUAGUUCACCCACUCUCUCAUGGCCUUCCAAUCUUUUAAUACCUUCAUUCAUCUUUAAGCACAAUUACGAUAUUUUAGAUCAGGGGUUCUCAAUCUCAGUCCUGGGGGUCCAGUGUUCUGCAGAUUUUAGCUCCAACCUAAAUCAGACAUGCCUGGGCUAGCUAAUCAAGCUCUUAAGCCGCGGUCACAUUAGAGUUUGAGCUUGCAAACUUCUGUUAGACUGUGCUGCGAAAAGGGGCAGGAUUAAACAAGAUAAUUAGACAUUUAAAAAGCGGGCAAUUGGUCCAUAUUUAAAUUUAAAGAGGUCAUAUUUUGAUCUUUGAUUGAUCGCACACAGUCACGUGAUGCGAUUUUGAAAGUCAGAGUUUACCAAGCUUGAACUUUGCAAUGCAGCAAACUGCGAAACUUGUCGCACAAGCUUGCGUUUCCGGUCCGAUGCAGUGUGACUGCAGCUUUACUAGGCUUUCUAGAAACAUUCUUGCAGGUGUGUUGAGGCAAGUUGGAGCUAAAAUCUGUGCGACACCGGACCUCCAGGGCCGAGUUUCAGAACCUGUUUUUAAUCUGAGAGCUUUCUUAUUCUCUAAAGAUAGCAAGGGUCCUGAGAUGCUCAAAGUCCAGAAAAGAAAGCAAAACAUUGUCAAAACUGUCCACGAAACUUCAGAAGUUUAAUUAUAAUCAUACAAAGCUUUAAUAUAACUUUUGUUUGCCAAUAAAACAUUGUACGUGCAAUGAAAUCGUUGCCAACACAGUAAGGAUGCCAUGGAGUGACGCAUUGGAUUUGAGUAGAAUUGAAAGUGAAACUAACAGAUAAAUCAUUAGGAUUAAUCUUAAUGAUUGUUAGCAUCUCUGGAGAGUUUUAACCAAUCAUCUAGUCUACUCAGGCAUGGAAAAAUCAAUCAUUUUCUGUGUAAAACCAGCUUUAGGACAAAGAAACAUUGUCUCGAGGUUUAUCAAGGUUUCAUUGUGAGAUUAAGAUCAGCUUAUAGAUGGAGUUCCUCACCAAACAACACUAUCUGAAGGUUUUUUUUUUUAUUGUAGGCUAGCUUUAUGAAAUAAUUUAGCUAAAUAUGCAAAGUAUGAAAAUGCAAAACCUGUUUUUAUGUUGAUUUCUUAUGUAUAUUCUGCAACUCUUAAGUUUUCAACAUGUAUAGAUGUACCUGUUCAGGACAGCUGAUUUAUUUCAAUGUGUGCUUAUUUUUAAACCUAAGGUAAUGCUUUAGUCUUUUUAAUUAUAAGUGAAUUUUUAACAACCUUUCAAUUGCCUAAUAAAGCGUAUU